AUUGAAAAGUUCAAGUGUUCAAGCAUGUCCUUCACCGUGUUUGAUAUGUCUGGACAGAGCAGAUACAGAAACCUCUGGGAGCAUUACUACAAAGAAGGUCAUGCCAUCAUAUUUGUCAUUGACAGCGGCGACAAACUGAGAAUGGUUGUGGCCAAAGAGGAACUCGAUACUCUUCUCAACCACCAAGACAUACGCAGCAGAAAGAUGCCAGUGUUGCUCUUUGCCAACAAGAUGGAUCUGCGGGACGCCAUGUCUUCUGUCAAGGUCUCACAGAUGUUGUGUUUGGAGAACAUCAAAGACAAACCUUGGCACAUCUGUGCGAGCAAUGCCAUCAAAGGAGAGGGCCUGCAGGAAGGGCUGGACUGGCUACACGAACAAAUUGCACAAUCACAUCAAAACAAUGAACACAUAAAUGACUGAAGUGCUUGUGACCGUGGACACAUUAUGGAUGUGGUGAACUCUAUCCCCAUUCACCUAAUGGAGUACUCAUCACACGUGAUGUUGCAGGCCUUACAAAGUCUAGUACUUGUGUGCAUGCUUCAAAUGUAAUGCCGUGUGUCUUUGAAUAAAUAAAACUGUGCAAUAAGUAUAAUUUGUAUAUGACUAACAGUUUGAAGCGGCCAUCAUUAAAACAAGCUGCACUUCAA